AUGGGAGAUUCACAGAGUGAGCAUCAGCGGAUGUUACGACGCCACAGCCGCGAGAAGACAGAGCUGCAGGCCCACAUUCAGGGCAUGAAGAGCUCGAUCCCCAAGAGCGACAAGCAGAGACGAAAGCAGUUGCUCCUCGAUGUGGCUCGCCUCGAGGCCGAGAUGGAGCAGAAGCACCAGCAGGAGCUGGAGAAGUUCCAGGAGAGUUUCCCUGAUAACAGCAGCCUCGAUUCUGUCACUGAAGAUCUGGCCAAGCUGGAUCUCGAGAACAAGCCUCCUCACCUCUGGAGGGCACAGAGAAAGCACAAAAGAAAGGAGGCCUUCAAUAGAGAAAGCCAGGAUUGGAUGGACAAGGCUGAGAGGGAGCAUCUGGCCAGCUUGCGCCAUGACGAGGAAAUGAAGCUCGGCGCCAUCCUGCGGGCCAAGCAUCUGGAGGUGAAGGAUAUCCCGGCCGACGACCACUGCAUGUACCGCGCCAUCCAAGACCAGCUGGUGUUCUCCGUGACCGUGGGGAGCCUGCGGAGGCGCACCGCCGAGUACAUGCGGCAGCAUGUCGACGACUUCCUGCCCUUCUUCAGCAACCCCGAAACCGGCGACGCCUGCAGCCGCGACGACUUCUUGAGCUACUGCGACGACAUCGUGUUCAGCGCGUCGUGUGGAAGCCAGCUCGAGCUGAGGGCCCUGUCGCACGUCCUGCAGACCCCCAUCGAGGUGAUCCAGGCCAACUCGCCCGCCGUCGUCAUCGGAGAGGAGUACACCAAGAAGCCGCUCACCCUGGUCUGCAAGCAGUACUCCUACAGCAGCGCGGAGCACUACAACUCGGUGAAGCCACUCGACACCGGCUCCGGCGGAAGCGUGGCCCGGCGUCUCAUCUAG